UUUGAAAGCUCUUAGUGUACAUAAAGUAAUGUAUUUAUGUAUCAGAUUACUCUUGCUAAACAGUCCUCCAACAGGUUUCUCUUUGUUUGCAAUCAGCUGAGAACACAUUUAACAAGCAAGGAAAUUACAAAGGUACAAGAAUCAGUCACAGUGAGUAUCUGCUUCAUUUGGAUAGAUUGCCCUUGGCUUCAUCAAAGGACACACUGCCCUGCAUCACUGUCAGCACUCUUAAUUUUCUUCAACUUUUGGACAGAAAAAUAUAACAUGAUCGCAUUAUUUGGAAAAAGUAAGCCUGCAGAUCAGACAAGCUCACAAAAACAAACCAUGAGGAGCCGGAGGUAUUGCAGACAGCAGUAGGCCUUCCUUAAUCACUUUGGGAAGAGAAAAAGAAAAAAGAAAAAACCACUGUGAGAGCCAGAGAGGAUGAGAGUCUGUUUUGCGUUUUUCCCACUUCCAAGGCGACAAGGAUUUCUCCAGGAACCAUGCCAUGUGUAGAGAAUGCAUGCACCAUCUUGAGGAGCAACAUCGGGAGAAAGGAAUUAUGGUUAUGGAUUCCAAAAUCCCCUAUGAUGACUAUGCUUAUCCUGUGGUAUUUCUCCCUUCCUAUGAAGAUCCACCAGCUUGGAUUCCAACACAAGAGAGAAUUAAUAAUCCAGACUACAACAAUGAAUUGUCCCAGUUUCUACCUCGGUCAAUCAGAUUGAAGAAACCACCUGGUGCCCAGCUCGGAUUCAAUAUCCGUGGUGGAAAAGCAUCCCAACUUGGAAUUUUCAUUUCUAAGGUAAUUCCAGACUCGGAUGCCCAUAGAGCUGGGCUCCAAGAAGGGGAUCAAGUCCUAACUGUAAAUGAGGUUGAUUUUCAAGAUAUUGAACAUGGAAAGGCUGUGGAGAUUCUGAAGACAGCCAGAGAUAUUGUUAUGAGGGUUCGCUACUUCCCAUACAAUUAUCAAAGGCAGAAAGAAAGGACCAUGCACUAGGUGAAGAUUGGAGACUAGGGCCAAUAAUUUCACCAGCAGCCUGCCUUUUGAUGAACCACUCCACUGUGCUGGUAGCACAACUGCAUUAAUAAUCGUUUGUGCAACUUUUACAAAACUGAUUAUUCAGUUUGUGUUUCUUCAGCAAUUUCCAUUUGGGAAGACCUUUCGUUCCCCCAGGUUUAACAAGAUGACUAAUGCUUUGGUUUUUGUUACUCAUUUUGCAGCUGUUUUAUAGAUUAUUUAGCUAAUUUGCUUUUGAUAUUUUACCUUCCACCAAAACCAGAACCUAUGCUGUAUUGAUACAGUUAAACAAGCAUCUUUGAGAACUGAAGACCAUUAUCCAAUCAUCAGGGAAAUAAACAAGGCUUGUAGUUUAUAAGAUGAACAAAGACUUUUUUGUGGAGGUGUUACACAGAAAGUUGACUUAAGAUAUGCAGUAACUGGCUCACCUAUAGUUUUUUUGGUUGCCAUUGACCAGUUAGCAUUUUAUAUGAGCUUUUAAUGGGUGGAUUUUAACUGUAGUUAACUAGUAGCUUUUAUUGCACUACCCUUCUACUAGAAUACUUAAAUGCAAGCAAAACUCAAAUGUGUCUUUAUUAAUGUAAAGAACAACUAUGCCUCAUGAUUUUGUGGUACAAACUUUCUCUCAAACCAAGUGAGUGAUGCAUUUGUGGGCAUCUAAACUGUCUGCCCACCAGAAAUGACGGGCCUCCAUAGCAGUACAUCUUCCAUACGCCUUUGAGCCUGUGACCAGUUAAGCAGGCCGGACCUUGCUAAUCAUGCUGUUUUAUUGUUUGGCAGUGCUGUGUCUUGCUAAACUUUUUGGUGGGUCAUGCGGAGGUGCAUGAGUGGUGAAAGGAGCUCAUGACCCAUGAUGCAUGUGACAUGAUGUGAAUUAUUGCACACCUUCGGUCACAUAAUCUCUCAUGUGCUUUAGUAUUCAGAUACAAGUCUGAUUUUUCUUUAAUCUAAGAGAGAAUGUGAUUAGUUAGUACCAAUCAGGUUUUAACUAGCAAGCUCAUGUUUGGGCCUUAGAGACAGAUAGAUAUCCUUCUGCUUUGAGCAAGAUGCCUUUGAUUGGAAGUGGGCAGAGUCGCAGCAAGGACUGAAAUAAUGGUAAUAAACAUUUCCAGGGCUGCUGGAAGAAGCUUUUUAGUUAUUAGGGCAAAUGGUGCAAGUAGAUUGUGAGUGAGUACAAUAAAUUUACAAGCAAACUAACAUUUGUGCUUAUUUUUAAGCACAUCUUGGGAGGUUACUUGACAGCAAAUGGGCUGUAUAGUACAGGGUACUGCAGAGUCAUUGCAUCAAAGAUAAACAUGUUGUAAAGAGCAGUACGUAGUUAAGUUGAGUGGAACAGACAAAGUGAAAAUCAUAACUGACUUUAGUGUUUUAUACCGAAUCCCAGAGCAUAGCUGUUGGAUGUUGUACACUAUAUUUGGGUCUAACAUUUUCCCUCCUUACCAUAUAAGCAUCACUGCCUCUGUUCCUAGAAAUAACAGACUGCUAUAGGAUUGUUAGUUGUACAAAGUUUUUGCCUAACCAACCAUGUUUAUAUUGUUUUGCUUAACACAUUUUAUUUACAAGAAUAAAGAUACACAUAUAUGUUAGUAUUUGCACUGAAAUGUCCUUGAUAAAUGUUUUCCUAAAAUAUUCUUUUAGCCUGGCAUCAGGUUGUAUUGUUUGGAGUAAGGGGAAACCUAAACUGAACUUGCAGCUGAAUGAGACAUUUUAAAACCUAUUUAUUACAUUGAUACUGUAAUAUGACAUGAGUAAGUAGCACUUUUUGUGAACAUUAAAACAUUCUGAUUGUAUUGUG